AUGGAUCAAUUGGUGGUGUGUGGAGUCUUUAAUCCGGUGACUCAUCAAUCAUUCACAGUAGCUUUUGUUUACGCCAGGAAUUGUAUAGUGGAAAGAAGACGUCUGUGGAAUAUUGUUCGGACUCUGGCUGCUUCUUCUCCGCUCAAUCAGUCACCAUGGCUGGUGGUUGGCGACUUUAAUCAGGUUCUCUCGAUGGAAGAAGUCUAUUCCUUUGUGCCAGCUCCUGUAUCUCUGCGUGGAAUAUCAGAUUUUUCAGAGUGCCUCUCGGCAGCUGGAUUAUUUGAUCUUGCCGGUAGAGGAUGUCACUUUACUUGGUCCAAUAAAUCACCGAUCAGCCCAAAAUCCAGGAAGUUGGAUCGAGCCUUAGUCAAUGAAGAAUGGAGGCAGCGCUUCACGGAGUCAAAUGCUUAUUUUGAUGUUCCAGGAUGCUCGGAUCAUUCCCCUUGUUUGGUGACUAUAUCAGAAGCAGAAGAUCGAAGGCGCUCAAGAUUCAACUUCUUUACCUUCUUCACAACCCAUCCGGAGUAUCAUCAGAGACUACAAACGGCAUGGGAAACUGUUUUGAUUCCCUCAGAUCCUAUGAUUUCUCUUUGUCAAAAGCUUAAAGCGGCAAAAUUCUGCUGUAAGUCCAUCAAUCAAGAGUUCUUUAGUGACAUUGAAAGGAGGACGAAGGAAGCUUUUGAAGACUUGGAAUCUAUUCAAAGACAGAUGAUGAAUUUACCUACUCCUGAGCUGUUCGAAAGUGAGAGGAGAGCCAGGGAUCUCUGGCUAAUUCUUGCUGCAGCAGAGGAAUGCUUCUUCAGGCAGAAGUCUCGCAUUCGAUGGUUAGAAGAAGGAGAUGCUAACACGGCUUUCUUCUACAAAUCGGUUCUGGCUAAUCUCUCCAGGAAUAUCAUCUUCUACUUACUAGAUGGGACUGGUAACAGGGUCUCGGACAUCAUGGCAAUAAAAGCCAUGAUUUUGGAUUUCUAUACGUUACUUCUGGGAACUUCUAAUAGUCUUGUCGCUCCACUCACAAUAAGUCAGAUUAGAGACAUCCACCCCUACAGAUGCCCUCUCGACUUAGAGACUCAACUGAUUGAAAUUCCAAGUGAGGAAAUCAUCAGAGACACUGUCUUCAGACUGCCGAGAAAUAAGGCACCGGGGCCAGACGGAUUCACUGCUGAGUUUUACACAUCUUCCUGGGAGUUGGUUGGAUCUGAUGUUAUUACGGCAGUGAAGGAUUUCUUUCUGUCCUUCAAUCUCCCGAGACAGGUUAAUGCAACGGUGGUAGCUCUUAUUCCCAAGGUCCCCGGAGCGGCUUCCCUAACAGAUUUUCGACCUAUCUCCUUAUGCAACACCAUCUACAAGGUAAUUUCCAGAAUUCUGGCUCGCAAGCUUCAGCUAAUAACACCUGCAGCGGUUCAAGGGAAUCAGGUGGGGUUUGUUAAAGGAAGGCUACUCUGCGAGAAUGUUUUGUUGGCAUCGGAACUGGUUGCGAAUUUCAACAGGGAGGGGAGUGUAACAAGAGGCUGUUUGCAGAUCGAUAUAUCAAAGGCAUAUGACAAUGUGGAUUGGAGGCAUAUACUGAACACUCUUCAUGCCUUUGAGCUUCCUCAUCGUUUGAUUGCUUGGAUUGAGAAGUGCAUCUCUUCGCCUCACUACUCUAUAGCAAUCAAUGGAGAACUAUGUGGGUUUUUUCCGGGAAAAAAAGGUCUGCGUCAAGGAGAUUCUAUUUCUUCCUCUCUUUUCAUUAUUGCUAUGGACAUUCUGUCCAAAAAGCUUGAUGAGGCUGUGAGGGAUGGUAGAUUCAAUCCGCAUCCUUUAUGCUCUGAUCCUCUAAUCACACAUCUAAGCUUUGCGGACGACAUGCUCGUUUUCUUUGAUGGCACAGAAUCUUCCUUACGAGGCAUUCUGGAGGUACUAAAGGAGUUUGAAUUGAUAUCUGGUCUUGCAUUAAAUCUGGGGAAAUCUAGACUCUUCCUCGAUGGGAAUCAACUUCAGCCUACGGAAGCGCUUGCGUCUGCUUAUGGGUUGACACAAGGAUCUCUACCAGUUCGCUAUUUGGGGGUCCCGUUGUCGCCUAGUAAGUUAAAGAAGCAUGAUUAUCAGCCUCUUAUAGACAAAGUGCUUGCGAGAAUUAAAUCUUGGACUGUUAAGAGAUUGUCGUUUGCGGGAAGGCUUCAAUUGCUGCAGACAGUGGUGUAUGGAAUCACUAACUUUUGGUCCUCCGUAUUUCCUCUGCCAAAAGGUUGUUUGGAUCGGUUAGAACAGAUUUGUAAUGCCUUCUUGUGGUCAGGAGACUCGGCAUCGGCUAGAGGAGCUAAGAUUGCUUGGAGAACAGUGUGUACCCCGAAAAAGUCAGGAGGGUUGGGCCUGAGGCGUUUGUUAGGAAUUAAUCAAGUCUUUGGGUUGAAGUUAAUCUGGUUGCUAUUCUCAGCAGAAGGAUCUCUCUGGGUCGCCUGGGUCAAAAGACAUUUGAUCGGUGAUAAGCUGUUUUGGGUGGAUGAUCUCGGAACUAAUGGCAGUUGGGUUUGGAAGGAGCUCUUGAAGCUGAGACAUAUAGCGAGACCUUUCAUAAAGUGCUCAAUAGUCACAGGGAAAACGGCUCUCUUUUGGCAUGACGAUUGGAAUGGGUUUGGUUCUCUUUUGGAGGUGGUUGGAGACAAUGGACCCUUGGUUUCUGGUAUACCUAUAGACGCACGGGUGGCUGACGAGUCUGUGGGUAAUCUGUGGAACCUAUCAAGAAGCAGGCAUCCUACGCUUAUGCUCUUGAAAGCGUGCAUUCCUCCAACUCCCCCUGAUUUCAUGGAAGAAGGAGAUGAUACCUUCUUUUGGAAGACAUCACCUUUGGAUAACUCUGGAAGAUUUUCUACUUCAAAGACUUGGAAAGUACUAAACCCUGCACCGCCCCCUGUGGACUGGUACAAAUCAGUUUGGUUUCCAGAGAAGGUUCCAAAGCAUGCUUUUAAUAUGUGGGUGGUUUAUCAUGAUCGUUUGCCCACAAAUGAUAGGCUUCUUGCGUGGGGCUUAUCGGUUUCAUCGGUUUGCUUAUUAUGUGCUGUGCAUGAUGAGACGAGUUCGCACCUCUUCUUCUCUUGUGCUUACUCGACUCAGUUAUGGCAGGGGAUUCUAUCUCAAUCAGGUUUAACUCCACCACCACCACCUGAUUUUCUUUCGGUAAGGCAGUGGAUCCACAAUGUAACACAAGAUCAAAAACUCAGGACGAUCUUAGACCUUAUUUUCCAGGCAGUUACCUACUUUAUUUGGAGGGAGAGGAACGGUAGACUGCAUCAGAGCCCAUCGAAGACACCAGACCUUAUUGUAAACGAGAUUUUAUUACUUAUGAGGGCUAAAGUAGCGGCUUUGGACAGGAAAAACACACCUCAAUCAGCAACACUAAUCACUCAAACUUCUAUCAGCUUCCUUGGAACCUGGUUUCGCUUCAUUCAACCGGGAUAA